AUGAAACUUCCCUCACCUUACAGGCAUCAUACAACAACAACAACAACAACAGAACAUGGAUCCUUGGCUGCGAUGAGGCUACCACGCAUCAACGUUGGCCAUCGACCCUUUUCCACAUGCCAUUCACUCAGAAAACAGCACGAUGCAACGGACCCGCGCUUUUCUAGCCUGGGUAAACUGAUCGAGGACAAGUUUGCGCAUAUCCAGGAAGAUUACCAAUGUCCCAAGAAUACAAUUGUUCUGGCCCAUGGCCUCCUCGGCUUCAAUGAAAUCAGACUGGCCGGGUCGCUUUUCCCGCCGAUCCAGUACUGGCAUGGCAUUGAGCAUGCAUUGUCCAUGAAAGGGAUCAAAGUGAUUACUGCCACCGUGCCUCCGUAUGGCUCGAUUGAGAACAGAGCAAAGGCAUUGGUCAGGCAUAUUGCUGCCGGAGCAAAGGGGCACGAUGUUAACAUUAUUGCGGGGUCCGUGAUUGCCGACUGCUUCAUGAAACAAGUUGAUGCCAGUGUCCUGAUAGGUCUCUUUCCCAAAGUGUCGCGGGUACGCAGGUUGUCAAGAUCAUUCGACCGAAUCCACUUCGAUGCACAGGCAUUCAGCCAAUUGACGCGCCGAUAUCUUGAGGAAGAAUUCAAUCCCAAUGUGCCAGAUAUUGAAGAUGUUCGGUACUUCUCUUACGGCGCAAUGUUUCAACCGGGCCUGCUGAACAUCUUCAGACCAUUUCAUCAACUCCUGGAAGAGGCCGAGGGCCCCAACGAUGGUCUUGUCAGCGUUGCCAGCAGCAAGUGGGGCGGCGACUUGGGCUAUAAAGGCACGCUUGUGGGUGUGAGCCAUCUCGACUUGAUCAACUGGACCAACCGUGUGCAGUGGUUGGUCGGUGAGUUGACAGGGAAUAAAAGGAAAUUUAAUGCCAUUGCAUUCUACUUGGAUAUUGCAGGUGAGUUGUGUCCUUGCACAUGCUAG